AUGGGUAACGCUGAUACAAAAUUGAACUUUAGAAAAGCUGUAGUGCAGCUUACAUCAAAGACGCAGCCUAUCGACGCGACCGAUGAUAGUUUUUGGGAUCAAUUCUGGUCGGAGAGUGUAACAAACAUUCAGGAUGUGUUUGCAUUGGUACCUGGUGCUGAAAUACGAGCGCUACGUGAGGAGUCGCCUAACAACUUGGCUACCCUUGUGUACAAGGCCGUUGAAAAGCUGGUGAAAACUGUAGACAGCAGUUGCAGAACACAUCGGGAACAACAGACCGCUCUGAAUUGUGCACGUCUUCUGACGCGGGUCCUACCAUACAUGCUAGAGGAGCUGGAGUGGCACAGUUUCUUCUGGUCAUCACUCCCUGCAGCCGCUGAAAAUGAAUCUGUGCCACUUGCGCAGUCACUCAUCAACGCAAUUUGUGAUCUACUGUUUUGUCCGGACUUCACAGUGGCCAGCACAAAGAGAUCGGGCCCGGAGCGUGCCGAGGAGUUGUCUUCAAUGGACAGCUGCGAGUACAUUUGGGCCGGGGGGGUGGGGUUCGCUCGCAGUCCGGCAAGGAACGCGCAACACGAGGCGGCGCGCACGGAACUGCUGCGCCUGCUGCUCACGUGCUGCAGCGAGACCAUCUACAAGCCCGCGCACCAGGCCGCCUCGCACCACAACAAGUGGAUCGCGUACUUGACGAGUGCAGACAAUCGUCACGCCUUGCCACUGUUCACGUCUCUGUUGAACACUGUAUGCUCGUACGACCCAGUUGGAAUUGGUUUGCCCUACAACCAUCUUCUCUUCGCCGAUACAGUUGAGCCACUGGUUGAGGUAGCGCUGCAGAUGCUCAUCGUCGCUCUGGACCACGACACGAGCAACGCCGUCAGUGAAUAUUCAGACGAAAAUCUCCCGGAUAACCUGUUCAUAAAUUACCUGUCCCGUAUCCACCGUGACGAGGACUUCCAGUUUGUUCUUCGAGGCGUUACGCGACUUCUCAAUAACCCAUUAGCGCAAACUUAUCUACCAAACUCGGCUAAAAAAGUCGCGUUGCAUCAAGAGCUUCUCGUGCUCUUCUGGAAGAUGUGCGACUACAACAAGAAAUUCAUGUACUACGUUCUAAAGAGUAGCGACGUCCUUGAGGUGCUGGUACCGAUACUGUUUCACUUGAACGACUCCCGAGCCGAUCAAUCUCGCGUUGGACUGAUGCACAUUGGUGUGUUCAUCCUGCUGUUGCUCUCGGGCGAGCGCAACUUCGGCGUGCGGCUGAACAAGCCGUACACGGCGACGGUGCCGAUGGACAUCGCUGUGUUCACGGGCACGCACGCCGACCUGCUGGUGGUGGUGUUCCACAAGAUCAUCACCACGGGCCACCAGCGCCUGCAGCCUCUCUUCGACUGCCUGCUCACCAUACUCGUCAAUGUGUCACCAUAUCUGAAAACCUUGUCUAUGGUCGCGUCCACAAAGCUCUUACAUCUGCUGGAGGCGUUCAGCACACCGUGGUUCCUUUUCUCGCAGCCGCACCACUACCAUCUCGUGUUCUUCCUGCUCGAGAUGUUCAACAACAUGAUACAGUAUCAGUUUGAUGGCAACUCGAACCUGGUGUACACGAUCAUACGCAAGCGUAGCGUGUUCCACGCGCUGGCCAACUUGCCGCACGAGCACACCGCCAUCGCGCGCUCGCUGGCCGCCGCGCGACCUGCUCGCCCUCCGCACAGGUCACGUAGCACUGAAUCAGUGCGCGAGGCGGCCAUGGAAGGGUCGCGGCCGGCGCAGCCCGCCGAGCCCGGCACGCUCAACGCCACGCUGCCCGACACGCCCGCAAUAACGGCAAUGACAGAGCGAGAAUCAGCUCACCCACGAGACCAGCUCCUACCGCAACGUAGCGGCGGUGACGGACAAGACGGGGAAAAGGAAGAAGACCAUAACGACAACAAGAAGCGAGACCACAAAGACCGAAAGAAUGAACGCCACGGAGACAGCGAUUCGCGCGAGAAUUGUUUGAAUAAUAAGGAGGGUUGGACCCCGACGGGCGAGUGGGUGGCGAGUUGGCGCGGGCGGCUCCCGCUGCAGACCAUCAUGCGGCUGCUGCAGGUGCUCGUGCCGCAGGUGGAGAAGAUCUGCAUCGACAAGGGCCUGACGGACGAGUCGGAGAUCCUGCGGUUCCUGCAGCACGGCACGCUGGUGGGGCUGCUGCCCGUGCCGCACCCCAUCCUCAUCCGCAAGUACCAGGCCAACGCGGGCACCGCCGCCUGGUUCCGCACCUACAUGUGGGGCGUCAUCUACAUACGGAACGUAGACCCUCCGAUAUGGUACGACACGGAUGUGAAACUCUUCGAGAUACAACGAGUUUGA